AUCUGCGCACGUAGUCGUUUUGGUGGUGAUAUGCUGAGGAUGAGAUUUUGACACUUCGUUGUGGUGUUCUAGAAUUAUUGAAACAUUUCUGAGCAUAGUCGAGGGCAAUGCCACGCUAAUCCCAAUCCCAUUAGACUGGUACAAUUGGUGAUCACCGAACGCCGGAUCACGGAAACCCACUCCUCGAAACAUGCGUGCGACUCUCAUAGCAUGUCCAUCAUGUUCUCUUCGCAUCGAUUUUCAAUGUCAUAGGAUGCGGAUAUCUGUCGAUGUCUUGGUGCAAAUUUAUCUGCGAUGUACUGCUGAAUAUGCUGUCUUUAUAGUCAGCGGCUGUCACUGUCAUCAGAAUUGGCCCAUACGCACGCCGUCCGCACCUUUGCCGCCAGGGAAAUCAGGACAUCACCAUAAAUCGAAUCAAAGUUUGGAAUAUUCUAGCUGGCAGGUGCGCUGCUUUGGCUGUUGUAGCGUAGUCUGAUACUAAUGGGUAUGGUUCUGCGUAUCCAGAGGGAAACAAGCCACAGAUCAUGUGGGAGCGCGGUUUCACCAUUCAGGAACUCGUCGCAGGGCAGAAUCUCCAAAACAAGCUUCGUUCAUCGGAUGCGGCCAAACCAAACAUUAUGAUCACGCAUGAAACGAUGAUUACACGCAAUGGAGACUGUGCCAAGUCGGAUUCACCUUUGGCCGCCCACGCAACAUUUGGCAUCAACUCUCAUUGCUUCUUCCUAACCCGGUUGUAGGAGCGAUCAGGCUUCGCGAACUUUUCAGGAAAACAUCUAUGCGAGUGCUUGACUCGCCCGGAUGCGAAAGUUUAUUCCUUAGACAGUGAAGCAGUCAUGAUACCGGAUGCAUUUGACGGAACUUUGUGGCGCCGUAGCUCAAGAGCCCCGGAGGCUUUUUAUUUUCCCCAAUCCCAACAUGACGUCUGGAACAGUCUCUUCCUUCUUUGUCUUGCUGUUGAGCUUGACGCCAGCAAUGGCGCAGUCGCAGGCUACACAGCAGUCGCAAUUUAAUCAAGUACUUAAUCUGAAUGGUGAUAUGCAAAUCAACUCUUUCCAGUUUCCAGAUGGAUCCAAGAUAGAAACGUUCUCGCAAAAGCAGCAGCAGUUAAUAGUUAAUCAAAACACUCCUGCCGUGCCUGCCAAUCAAGUCACCGGAACUACCGGCUCACCUUUUGUGGCUCUCAUGCAACAGUCCAUGUCCAUCAAUACGAAUGGUGCGCAGAACCUCGUGGGUGGACAGAUUGAACUUGCCAUGAACCCCCAAAUGCUCGCGGCGUCCGGUAUCAACCCUGACAACACAUAUGUUGCCAUGCUCUCACCAGACAGGCAAACAUGGAUGAUUCAGGAAACAAUGCGAAGUGUCAACGGUACGGAUGGCACAGUCCGCAUGGUUAAGCGUCAACAGCUGGAUGGAGAGUACAUGGCUCUCGGUCGCCAGACCAUCGAGACCGAAACCCUUGUCACGACCUUUGGCAACGAUCCUGCUUCUCAAGUUCAAAUCAACGGUACCGGUCUCCAGGAGAACGAGUUUCAAGAUGGAUUCAGGAUGUCCAUACGAGCAACGCAACCAAUGACUAUGAAUGUCAACGUUAAGAAGGGCGUCGAUACUGGCAUGUUGGCUGCUCUACAAGGCCAACAGUCUGUCAAUGACUUCAGAUAUUCCGUCACUACCAAUCUUGCCGGUGUCCAGCCUAACCUCAACCGCCAAGUUACUGUGGUUCAGAUGCCUCUUAACCCCCAACGUCUCCAGACCAUGAUGCAAGCUGCUGGUGUCCAGCCUGGUGGCCAAGUCCAACUGGGUGUCGCUCAACGUAGCAUUCUUGGUAACCCAGGAGGUGCAGUCGGAUCACUCGGUGGUACUGCUCCUCAACGACGUGCUCGCAACUUGCUCAGGCGUCAAGCUGCUGCAGCCGCGGCUGGUACUGCAGGUACAGCAGGUACAGCAGGAACCGCAGGAACCGCAGGCACUGCUGGAACUGGACAGACAACCGAUCCUACGACUGGGCAAACCACUGGGCAAACCACUGGUCAAACCACUGGUCAGAACGGCGGUACACCCACCAACAACAACCCUGUAGCGCAAACCCUCCUCCUCUCUCCAACCUUCACCCCUGUUCAAGCCCAAAUCGUCCUCGACACUGUCAACAUGCGCGUGGCAUUCCCAGUCUCCCAAGUCGACGGCGAGUAUAUUCUAACCAUGCAAACCGGCGCUCCCCAAGCUCAAGCACAAGCUCCCCAACAGCCAAGCGCCCAAGGACAAGCUCCUCCUUCUCCUCAAGCUCAAGGUCAGGCUCCACCCCAGGGCGCCGCACCAGCCGCUCAAGGCCAAGCUCCUCCUCCCGCCGCCGGGGCUGAGCCAGCUCGUCCUCAAGGUGAAGCUCCCGCCGCUCCCGCUACUCCCGAGGGCGCAAAAGCCGCUGCUCCCCCCAUGGAAGCAGCCCCCGCUGGCGGUCCCGAAGCUGGCCGUAACGGCACCGCACCCGCUGCUGCCGAGCCCGCUGCCGCCGCUCCUGCUGCCGGCGAGAACAGGCCUCAACGUCGCCAAGCUCCCCCUGCCGAUUCUGAGAAUGCGCCUGCUGGGUCGGUGUACCUUACUAUGAGGGAGGUGAACCGUAUGGCUGAGCUUAUGGCUUGGGGUGGUCAGGCGCCGAUUUCGAAGAUGAUGAAUGAUUUCGUCAAGGCUGCUAAUAAUGGUACAAGGGCUUAAGUGAUAAUUGAACGUUGAGAGCUGUUUGAAUUUGGAGGGGAUAUCUGGGAGGAUACUGUGAACAUUGUGUAUAUAAGAUAUUGAAACAUGUAUUGCAGCGAAGGGAAUGCGGGUGGGAAUGCGUAAAAAGAUGGUUGCGAGUUUGUAUAUCUGGAGAAGGGUAACAUUGGAGGUUUGAUCUUUGUUGUUCAUGUUGAUAUUCUCGUU